ACAAGCCCAUGGAACCAAUGGAAGUAGAACCAGAAGUAGUACAAAUGGAGGAAGAUUCCCCUGAAGUAACAACAUCAAUCGACGAGCAGACCCAGCGUGGCUAUCGAAUAUGGAAAAAGAAUGCACCGUUCAUAUAUGAUUACUUGUCUACAAACUCUUUACUUUGGCCGUCAUUAUCGGUCCAGUUCUUUCCUGAUGUAACCCAUAUCAACCACAAGGAAUCACUUGAAAGUGAAGAAACCCAGGAAUCAAAUGAAGAAAUCAUCGCUCAGAGGCUAUUACACGGUACUUUCACCCUAGGACAGGCAGUAGAUAGCAUUUCCAUAUUGCAAAUACCAACAUUCAAGAACCUUAACCAGAAUAUCAAGAUAAACAAACUUGACUACAAUCCAGAUAAGGAAGAGUUGGAAUUCUCACCUUCAUCUAACAACAAGCUGAAAGUGUUACAAAAGAUUAACCACUUGGGCGAUGUUAAUAAAGUAAGAUAUAUGCCUCAAAAACCAGAUAUUAUAGCCAGUGCAAAUAACUUGGGGGAUGUAGUGAUUUACGAAAGAACAAGACAUAAAUCUUUCAAGAAUUCUCUUAUUGACGAUACCGAUAUAAGUAAAGCUGAAAUCAGACUUUCAAAUCUGAUACUCCCCUCCAAAACAGACAUAUUCGCACUUGAUUGGAAUCAGAACCAGGAAGGAUUGCUCUUGGCCGGUGAUAUGAAUGGGGUUAUUAGUUUAUAUGAUUUGAAGGAAUAUUCCACUCCAGAAUUGGAACAAUGUCGCUACUUUGAAAAUGAUACUGGUAUAAACGACAUAGAAUGGUUCCCUACUCAUGACUCCUUGUUUAGUACAGUUGAUGACAAAGGAACAGUCAAGAUUUACGAUACAAGACAGAAUGAUGCAGUUAUAUGCAGCCAAAAAAUCUCAGAACACGGGGUAGACAGCAUAUCUAUGAACCCUGGAUUCAGUUCUGGGAUUGCCACCGGUGAUAGUCAAGGUGUGAUAAAGAUAUGGGAUUUACGAGCUUUUAAACAAUCAAGUCAACCGGUUAAACAAAUGAACGCUCAUACGGACUCAAUUACACAAUUAUAUUGGCAUCCAAAGUAUUCCAAUGUUCUUGCAUCUUCCUCGAGCGAUCACCUGGUUAAAUUUCACAAUGUCUCCAAUGAAGAAACCUGUUUCUUUACUCAUUUAGGUCAUAUGUUGGGUGUGAAUGACUUCGACUGGUCAUAUGCCGAUGAUUGGAUGGUUGCUAGUGUUGCUGAUGAUAAUUCGUUACAUGUUUGGAAACCUUCUCAUACUGUGACUGACAGGUUCAAAACAGCUUGAGUUUAGAGAUAAUUUAUCACCGUUAAUAUAUAUAUAUAUAAUCUUUUUCUUCUUUAUUGUAUUUGUAUAGAUAUGUAUAUAUUAUCCUAUUUUCUUUUGCUAAAGGAUCAUUAAUAACUUAAAUAACAACUACAUUUAGUUCUUGGCAAAUAAUCUUUCCACUUCAGCCAAAGAUUCAGCCAAGACCUUGUCUUGGAACUUUGGAUCUUCAAUGGCCUUGUUAACCUUUUCAAUAACAGACUUGGCUAAUUGUUCUUGUUCCAAUUGUCUUUGUUGUGCUUCGAAUCUAACCCAAGAGUCUAAAACGGAUUUGGCUUCAUGAGCAACAGCAAGUUGUUGCUUCAAGACAAAAGCAUCAGCUUCCAACUUGGCGGUUUCCUUGGAAAGAGCGAAUAAGUCUUGAGUGGUUUCAACAACAUUCUUUAAUUGGGAAACGGUAGCAAUUCUAUCAUUGACACUUUCAACGUGCUUAACUCUGGAGGCAUUCAAUAUGUCACCAACCUUCUUGAUUUCACCAUCAGCCCAUUCGGUGUAUAAUGGAGCAAUAUAUUUAACACAUAAUAAAACGAAAGCACUGAAAGUACCAAGUAAAAUAGUUUCAUCAUGGAUAACAAUUAAACCGUUGGAGAUACCGUAGACAGCUGCGGCAGUGGAGGUGGCUAAAACACCAGUCUUGGAUAAUAAAUUGUUACCUGGUAAGGCAUCGAUGAUGGAGGCGGCCUUUUGCUUUGGUUCAACUGGUUGAGUAGAGGCGAAUCUUAAACCAAUUGCCAUACGCAAACCCAUUGGACGGGCAGCUCUCAAAGCAAUUCUGUUAAUCAUAGACAUUCUUGAAUAUAUUCC